AUGGCGACCUAUGUGCAGCUAAACACCACUGCCAAGAUGCCUCUUGUGGGGCUGGGCACCUGGAAGUCUGCAGCUGGGCAAGUAAAAGCUGCAGUGACGGCUGCCAUCGAUGCUGGGUACCGCCACUUUGACUGUGCCUACGCGUACCUGAACAAAAGCGAGACUGGGGAAGGGAUCCAGCAGAAAGUCAAGGAAGGUGUUGUGAAAAGAGAGGACUUCUUCAUUGUCAGCAAGCUGUGGUGCACCUUUCACGAGAAGAAUCUGGUAAGGGCUUGCCAGAAGACUCUUGCCAAGCUGAAGCUGGAUUACCUGGAUCUCUACCUCAUGCACAGGCCUUUUGGCUACCAGGCUGGAGAGGAAUUGUUUCCUAAAGAUGACAAAGUCAUGGCCAUACCCAGCAACUGUGAUCUUCUACAGACAUGGGAGGCCAUGGAAGAGCUGGUGGUGGUAAAAGCCAUUGGAUUCUCCAACUUCAACCAUGAGCAGAUUGAAAGAAUCAUGAACAAGCCAGGACUGAAGCACAAGCCUGCAAAUAUCCAGAUUGAAUCUCAUCCAUACCUCACCCAGGAGAAGCUGAUCAAGUACUGUCAGUUCAAAGGGCUGGCUAUGACUGCAUACUGUCCCCUUGGCUCUCCUGAUAGACCAUGGGCUAAGCCCGGGCAUCCUUCCCUUCUGGAUGACCCCAAGAUCAAAGAGACUGCAGCAAAGCACAACAAAACCCCAGCACAGGUUCUCCUUCGCUUCCAGAUCCAGAGAAAUGUGAUUGUGAUUCCCAAAUCUGUCACCCCAGAGCGCAUUGUGGAGAACUUCCAGGUGUUUGACUUUGAACUGACUAAAGAGGAGAUGGCAACUAUUCUGACCUUCAACAGAAACUGGAGGAUCUGUGAAACGAAAGUGAAGCACUCUUGAAUUACAAGAAAUGGGUUCUGGAUGUUAAACUCAUCUCUGUCUGUAUUAGAGAAAGGAGGACAUGUAUCUCCA